AUGAAAAUCGUCGUGAAUUCAGCUCCUCGUAUUGUUCGUCCACCGGAUGGUCUAAUCCAGUAUCAUUUACCCUCAACAUCGCUCUCGAUCGAAUGUGUUGCUGACGGGAAUCCACCACCGGAAAUCACUUGGAUAAAGGAUGAAGCGACGAUAAGCGCAAAUUCGACCCUUUCAAUCACGCAACUCGGCGAGGAUGAUAAAGGAGAUUACAUUUGUCAAGCUCAGAGCAGCGAAGGGCAGACAAGCUCGCGGAUAUCUCUGAGAUUUGCAAAGCCAACCACGAUCGAUUAUGCUCCAUCGAACAAAACGGUCAAUGAGGGAGCUAAUGUUUUCUGGAAUUGUCAUGCAAGCGCUUUUCCUGAAAAUGUCACAUAUUCUUGGAAAUACAAUGGGAAACCGAUAAGGACAACCGAUGUUGGAUUAAGGGCAACAGUGCAGGAAGCCGAGCUUUCAAUUUCGCCAAUUCGUCCAACCGACACUGGAUGGUAUGCGUGCGAGGCGGACAAUCGGAUCAGCAAACCGGCCACAUCGAAAGCCUAUCUACAAGUGAAUUAUCGUCCAACGAUUCAUAGUAAUUCCAAGCGUCUCUACACGAUUUCAUUGGGAAGCCGAGUCGAUCUUUUGUGUCAAGCUGACGCUCAACCACCAGUUGAAAGCGUUUUGUGGACAAAAAAUGGAGUUUAUCUGAAAACGACUAAUGGGACAAACUUGGUUUUCCAUCGAAGCACUGAUGGCGAUGCUGGGAACACUCGUCCACAAGCCUCAGCAAUUACUUCGGUUCAAUGUCUGGGAGAGGAUGGAUUGGUCGUUGAUUGGAAUCCCGGCUACGAUGCAGGAUUGCCUCAAACAUUCACGAUUCACUACGAGAAUGUCGACUUGAAUGAAGAAAAGGGAACUUUACAAACAAAAGAGACGCACGCUGAAUUGUUUGGUCUUUCUCGUUUUUCUCGUUAUCGUUUACUGAUCGAAGCACGGAAUUCUGAAGGAUCGAUUAAUUCGAGUUAUUUGGAAAAAAAUGUUUGCUCGAAAUUGGUUGCUCCUUUGUCGAUGGCUGUCAUCAAUAAUAUGGUAAGCUGGGAACGCUCGGAAGGCGCUCAAUUGUAUCGUCUUGAGUAUCGAGGAAUGAAAAGUGAUAUGGAUGGCUUUGUGGAAAUGGGAUCCGGGCAAUCACCAAUCAUCGAGACAGGCCCCGUUGAGAAAAAGGGAGAUCAAUUCGCGGCAAUCAUCACCGUUGGCACGAGCACUCAAGCACAAACUGAGACAACAAAGGGCAUGGAGAUCACAGAAGGAUCGGGUGAAAUGAACGAUGGGAGUGGAGAAGAGACGACAAUCACAAUGAUUACAGAAAAAGAUGAUGCUUUGGCGAGAGAAGAAGCAUCUUCAUCAACACAACCAGAAGAAUCAGCAGAAGGGGAGAGCCCGCUUUCUGGAUAUGAACAAGGAAAUGGUGAAAGAAAUGGAGAAACGACCUCAAAAGAAACGAUCAAAGAAACAGAUAAGCCGGAGCGUGGUGGAUAUGCAUCGGAGAAAUCGGGAGAUCAUGGAAAAUACUCAACUACAACUGUUGCCACGGAAAUCGCUCAAGCAAGCACACCAAUCGAUCAUAAAGACAAAGAACCGACCGAUUCGGAAGAGAUCGAAGUGGCUGAAUUGAAUAAAGAUGCCGAGAAACAUAUGACUGAGCAAGGACAGAGAAAAAUAAAAGAGGAACUGGCGAAAAGUGAAACAACACAAAGCACAGCUGCUGCUGGAGAUCCGUAUGCGGCAAUCGUUCUACCAGCGGAGAGCAAAGAGUCAACGCCAUCUACAGUCACAACUACGGCAUUUGACACAACCAAUGCCCCAACCAUCAAAGCUGAAACCAUCAAAGCAACCAAUGCCCCAACCAUCGAUUCAACCACACAAGAAACAACUUCCGAAAAGCCAAUCGCAUUCACAGAAGAGCUAAUUUCAACGACGACAACUAAAACCUUACUCAAAAAUGAUGAUGAUUCGCACGAGACAAGCAAAUUGGAGCCACUCCUAGAACCCGAAAACUCAAGCGAUCAGCUUAAAACAACGACCACAACUUUUGAACAGAAUGGAAGCGUGUUGGCUAACGAGAUUUCCGGUGAGCAGCCGAAAGAAUUGAGCACUGAAGAACCAACAGCAACAACAGUGAAGCCAAAAGACGCGUAUCCGACACCACCACCAACAAACCAAGCUACGACAAAAAAACCCGUCGAGCCACCAGGAUUGGAGCCAAAAAUUCAUCCAUCUGGCUACGAGGAGGGGAAAGGCCCGACAGGACCCCUUCAACCGGACACAAAACCCAUCGAUCCAUCGCAUGCUGUCGGCUAUCCGGGAAUCCCGCCAAUUGAGAAAGCGAAAAGUCGACCCGAGCGUUUCCUCAAAAAUCCCCUCUUCGAGUCACGCGGCACUCGUAAGGAGCUGAUGCCGACGGCGAAGAUCAUUGCCGAGAAAUCGUUGAAGAAAACUUGGCGUCCUUUCGUCUUCGAUUGUGCCACUGAAGAGGACGAAAAGGGGCCACUCUGUCGAGAUUGGGCAGAUGGUGGUCUGUGUGAGCGACACCGUCCCACGAGGUUCCUAUUUUGUCGCAAAACGUGUCUCUGCGUCGGUCCACCGCAUCUUAGA